UCAAACCUUAUUUCACAAAUUCUCUCUCACAUCUCAGAAUCUCUUCCACUCCACCCUCAAAGGAGAGAAAGAGAGAGAUUCUAAAUUCUAAAAAAAAAUAUAAACUUUUUCUUUUUUCUUUUUCAAUUAUCUCCAAAAUGAAGAACACAAACAACAACACAAAACUCAUUCUCCUUCACCCAUAUAUCCAAAAACAAGGAAACUCAAAUCGAUUAUGGCUUCUAGCAUUAAUUUCAAUUCUCACUUUAGCUUUUCUUGCAACACUCAUUUACACAAGAGAAAAUUCAACCUUCAACAACACAAACACAUCAAUUUCCUCUGUUAUUUCCACCCCUGUUUCUUCUUCACCAUUACCAUCAACAGUAAUCAACACUCUUCUCCACUAUGCUUCAAAAUCAAACGACACAUACCACAUGACAUACUCAGAUCUCAAACCAAUCUCCGACGUGCUUCGAAAAUGUUCAUCACCAUGCAAUUUACUCAUAUUUGGUCUCACACCAGAGACCCUUUUAUGGAAAGCACUUAAUCACAACGGAAAAACGGUUUUCAUCGAUGAAAACCGUUACUACGCUGCAUACAUAGAAGAAAAACACCCUGAAAUUGAUGCUUAUGAUGUUACGUACACAACAAAAAGAAGUGAAAUGAAAGAGUUAAUAGCUUCAGCUAAAGAACAUGUAGCUAAUGAAUGUAAACCAGUUCAGAAUCUUUUGUUUUCGGAUUGUAAACUUGGAAUCAAUGAUCUUCCAAACCAUGUGUACGAGGUUGACUGGGAUGUUAUAUUGGUUGAUGGGCCACGGGGGGAUUGGCCGGAAGCACCGGGGAGAAUGUCGGCGAUUUUCACGGCCGGUGUGUUGGCUAGAAGUAAGAAAGGUGGGAAUCCUAAGACUCAUGUUUUUUUGCAUGAUUUUUAUGGUGAAGUGCAACAGGUUUGUGGUAAUGAGUUUUUGUGUAAAGAGAAUUUGUUGGAAGAAAGUGAGAGUUUGGGACAUUAUGUGUUGGAGAGGAUGAAUGAAAAUAGUGUUCAAUAUUGUAAAGGGUCUUCUUCUUCAUCCACUUGAUUUGUUACUCUCUCUUUGCAACUUCCACACAUUUGAUCAAAUACAUGUCCACAUUUGAACAUUACAUUUUCUCAAAUUACUACCGGUGCCGACAUGUCAGUGUCAAUAUAGUCUCUGGUAUUUGUGUCGGUAUAUGUGGUACAUAGAUUACCCUCAUCUUUCAUUCAGAUUUCUCAUAAUUGUCUUAGUCACAAAUUGUUUUGUUCAUCUUUCAUUCAGUUGUUACCCUUAUUGGUUUUGUGGGGUAUUUAUCAUCCAUUACUCUCCAUUUAUGUUUUGAUGGCUUCUUGGUUGCAGCUUUGUAAAAAAUCAAUAAUUCUUUGUUUUUUUUUCUUUUCAUUUUGAUGGUUCUGAAAAUUGUAAUUUGAUCAAUUCAAUGAAUUCAAGCUUUCAAAUUUGCGUUA